UUUAUGGUUGUCAUGCUGUCAAAAUUUUGAUUACUCACGAAGUUGCUUGCUUGUGCAUUUUAUUCUAAUCAUAAAAAAAAUAAAUAGUCACGACUUGUAGUAGCUUAAAAAUUUAACUUUUUCAAGAUGUUCUUAACCCGUUCAGAGUAUGAUCGUGGAGUCAACACAUUCAGCCCUGAGGGAAGGUUGUUUCAAGUGGAAUAUGCCAUUGAAGCUAUAAAACUUGGCUCGACCGCGAUUGGUAUCUCGACGUCAGAAGGAGUAGUUUUAGCAGUUGAAAAAAGGAUUACUUCGCCCUUAAUGGAACCUACUACUAUAGAAAAAAUUGUCGAAGUCGAUAAACAUGUUGCGUGUGCUGUUUCCGGUUUGAUGGCUGAUUCUAGGACUCUGAUAGAAAGGGCUCGUGUUGAAUGCCAGAAUCACUGGUUUGUGUACAAUGAACGUAUGACUGUGGAGUCGUGUGCUCAAGCCGUCUCGAACUUGGCUAUCCAAUUUGGAGAUAGUGAUGAUGACAGUGGAACUGCUAUGUCUAGACCCUUCGGAGUAGCUGUUAUGUUUGCAGGUAUUGAUGAGAAAGGUCCUCAGCUGUUUCACAUGGACCCAAGCGGUACUUUUGUUCAGUAUGAUGCCAAGGCCAUCGGCUCUGGUAGUGAAGGGGCUCAACAAAGUUUGAAGGAGGUGUACCACAAGUCAAUGACUCUUAAAGAAGCGAUUAAGUCGGCAUUGACUAUCCUAAAACAAGUAAUGGAAGAAAAACUAUCCGAAAAUAAUGUUGAAGUAGUGACCAUGACACCUGAGUCUCUGUUCCAUAUGUUUACAAGGGAGCAACUUGCCGAGGUUAUUAAAGAUAUACCUUGAACCUUUGUAUCUAGGAUAGUAAAAACAUGGUUCAGUUUUCAGUUUUGCUUAUGACUUACUAAAUUAAAACAAAAAUUAAGCCCAAACAAUAAAAACAAAGCUGAAUUCUGUUCAUAGAACUGUCCGUCAAACAGAACCUACGUUCUGGUAAUAUUUGAAGUAAAUUGUAUAUGGUAGAAAUCAUUUUUGUUUAAUUUUUAGUUUUUGAAUGUAAUUUGUAUAAUGUAUGUACAAUGUUUGUGCAAAAUUUAGUUUUGGUUAUAUUUUUUCAUGUUUUUUAUAUUACAAUUUUUUGUAAAUGCAGGCAUUUUUUAUGCUAUUUAUUUCAAAUAUUAUCAUGGUGAUGGAGUUUGUAAGAAUCUUAAAGUAAGUAUUCAAUGUUUAAUAAAACUUUCAUCUUAUAA